UUUUCCAUUUGAUACUAGGUAAAUCUGUACAUAGUUUCUUUUUAAUAAUUGAAGUUAAUUAUUGGAUUCAAAUGAAUGAUAAUUGUUGUUGCCAUCCUUCAUGGUUACGUGCUGUUACUGAAAAUGGAAUUGUUUUAUUAAAUUAUGGAAAUCUGGAGAAUUUACCAACAAACAGACUUUGUAGCAAGCAUCGGUUGCUUGCAAAAAUGUUUUAUGUUAAACGAAAUAGAAUAAAAGAGCUACCUGUGGACAUUUCCUUGCAAUAUCCUGAAAUAACUGAAAUAUAUUUAACAUCGAAUCAACUUUGUAGUUUGCCACAAAGCAUUGGUGACUUGAUAAACUUGAGAAAUUUAGAUGUUUGUGACAAUGAACUUGAAUACCUUCCAGACUCCAUAACCACAUUGGGAAAUCUUAAACAAUUAAGGGUAAGGCAUAACAUACUCAAAUCUUUGCCUUACAACAUUGGAAAUGCUUCAUCUUUGGAAGUUUUAGAUGCUUCUCAUAAUGAGUUGCGUUCUGUUCCAUGCUCAAUUGGUAAUUGCAAAGAUAUUUAUCAGUUAUUAUUAAGUAAUAAUCGUUUAUAUUCAUUGCCUCGACAAGUAUGUUUUCUUACUCAUCUUGAGCAAUUAUCGAUCACCUCUAAUUGUAUAUCAAACCUCCCUAUGGAUCUUGGAAAACAUUCCACUCUGAGUAUUAUAGAAAUGGAAAAUAAUCCUUUGCUGCACUUCUGUCCCUCAUACUUUUUAUCUAAAUAUUGUCAUUUUGAUGGAUGUGCUCAAGUUGAGAUUGGCCGUGAGCAUGAUUUUCAUGAUGUCACUCUUGCUCAGAUAACUUCGAGGGAUUCAUAUACCAUUAGUCUUCCAUCCCAUGUUAAAUCAUAUGCUUCAAUAAAAAUUGUGCCGUCACUUAUGGAAAUAACAAGCCGUAUUGUCAAUUUUUUCUCAGAGAGGCAACAUCUUUUUAUUUCAGAAAAUGAUCUCUCAGGGGAUAUUUUUGAUCGUCUUGAGUCACCCCUCGGCCAUUGUUAUUAUUGUUCAAAACCUAUUUUUUGGUCAUGUUAUGCUGUGGUAAAUAAAGCUUCACCCUGUAAAUUAAGGCAUUCAAUGUCAAUAAAAAAUUUUUAUUUUUUAUCAUAUUUUUGUUCACCAGAAUGUCUUUUACUUCAUUUAUUCUUACAAAUUGAUGAAUAAUUUCUACUGUUUUUAUGAAUUUUUACUUACCGUAUAUUAACAUAUGUCUAUGUUUCAUUUCAUACUUUUAGAAAAAAGUUUUAAUUUAUAGCUCCAUUUGGAACAAUUUUAUGCCCGCCAAUAAGACCAAUUACUGUGCAAAAUAGCAUACCUUUCUUGACUCAGUCAUUUCCUAAACAAUUUGACAUACGGUAUAUAUUUUGAGUUCUAAUCUUAUCAGCUUGAUUAUUCUUGAUUUUAAAG